GUAAAUUAAAACAAACAGAAUUCCAUUAAGCAGCAUUAUAAAAUAUUGAAAUCAAAUAUCGCUCUUGUUACAUUUAACAAUAUAAAGCAUUUAAUGACAAAACUUCAAUACAUGCCAAAACCUGUGGAAAAGCCCCGUUCACCCAGAGCGAGACUCGCACAUAAGAUGUGUCGUGAGAAACAUGGACUUUAGGCUCUCCGGCUUAUUGGUACAUGUGCUUCCUACCUAGGCAACCCGGGUUCAAUACCAGCUCCCGGUGCGUCUUGUUUUGCUACGGACUGGUACGGCUAUCUUCGGGUGCUCCGGUAAUUUGCACAAGACCACAUCAACAUUGAACAUUUUUAAGUUACGACUGAUUAGCUGGAGAUUUCUGCAACUAUUCAGAAUCCGUCUCAAGAUGAGUACCGAGACACACUCCAGGUCCAUACAUAUGGCAGCCACUGGCUCAGAAGGAACCCACACAAAGACACCACACCACAAAUGAGGACAAAUGUGGAACAAUUAUCCACAACCAACGCGACUGUCAACGUCAAUUCGUUUUUAUUCACUCUAUUAAAUCGAUUAUAAUGAACAUGUGCGUUUAUUACAUAUUUCUCAAUACGUUGACACUCUUUGUUGCAGCCUUUUAACCCGGUGGCUCUGCCUCUUAAGACCUGCAGGUACAUUUGUCUGAUGAAAAUAACUUGAUUAUUUAUGAACAUUUGUGGGAAUACUUCGGGUUUACUUCCUGAUUUAGAGACUGGUCCAAAUGCGUCAAUUGCUUUAGUUUUAAUAUUUAUUUUAGCUCGAUUACAUAAUUAAAAGCCUAUAAACGCGUUCGGGUCCGUUUCCUGGUGCCUAUGGGGUAGAUCUUAAGAACGCUCCCACAGUGGGGAUCGAACCCGUGACAUCCCGGUCGCUAGGCGGACACCAUAUCCACUAGGACACCAUAUCCACUAGGCCAAGGCGACAAAUUGUGUUUUUGUUUAUUUUCUUCAAAUCGACGAUCAUGUUUAUUUCAUAUUAUUUUUUCAUGCGGACGGAUGAACGACAACAUAUAUAUCGUGUAGUUAAACAGUCAAGCUUAAAUACCAGUACUUGCGAUUUGCAUGUUCAUGGUCGCUUUGUGAUCCGUUUAUUUUCGAAUCGGCAUAUCAAAUGGGCCAUGCAUUUAAUCAAAUUUUACGUACCGAUAACUAUUUCAGUAAAUUAAUAAGUUUCUAAAUUUUAUUUAACUUCUCCGAAAAUGACUACCGUUUUUUUACUUAUAUGUAUAACUUAGAAGCAAACUUUCAGUAUCUGACAUUAAUUUGAAUAACGAAAAUUAUAUAAAUAAUUGUGUAAUUUUCAAUAUAGGACAUGUACACAAGUUCUAAAUAUUCACAAACAAUCUUUGUGGGACUCAUUGAUACAUGCUUACCAUAUACAUAUAUAUGAUAAACGGACGAUAAACAUAUACACCAAUGGUACUGCGAUGGAUAUCAUAGAUAGACCGAUAUAAGUACAUGUGUUUACGGUCCAAAAGUUCGUACCAGGUAAAUGUAAGACAGUGAUACCCUGAUAACAUUUUCUGAUAAUUAAAAAGGGGCGGAUUUUGAAACUGUCCUCAUAUUCUAUUCUGACUUUCGUCAGAGAAGUAAUAUUUUAUUUAUGCUUUAAGAAAACUGUUUAAUAUUGGACUGCGGCGAUAGUGUUUUCCUUCAUGCAAGGAAUUUACCUUUGUUUGGCCAUUCUGGCGCUGCUUCCUGCAGGUAUUGAAAAUGUGCACAAUGAGGCAGGACCUGCAGCAGAAAAUAACUACAAACUUGCGAGCAAUAAAAAAGGAUAUUGAUGCAAAAGAUCUUCUUGAUAUUUUUAUUGAGAAAAAUGUCUUCAAAUUCAGCGAUAAAGAUGAAAUCACGGGAUUCAAUCCCAAUACUCAAGAAAGUAGAAAUAAUUGCUUUAUUAAAAAACUGCUACAGAAAGACGAUUAUGCAUACGCUCUAUUCAUAGAUGCAUUGAAAGAAAAUGGGUCUCAACACUUAGCGGACCUGCUUGAAAAUACCAAAGUCGAUUCACAAAAUCCAGAGGCAGGUGUGCUUGAUGAGACAGCCACAGGAAAACAACACACACAAUCGGUCCCAGGAGGCGGCUGUAACACAAUAGGAGAGAAAAUCAGUGGUGUUAAGACAAAUUAUAAUGGGGAUAACUAUUCGCAAGCCAAAGAAAUGCUAUUAGAUUUGAUGAUUAAACGUUACGAAAACACACUUAGUACCAUUAAAAUCGCGCCAUCGAAUGACGUUAUCCACGCAAGGGUAGAUGAUAUUUACAUGCCACCAAAAUUGCAGCUGAUGAAAAAAAACAAGGGGGCCUUCGAAAAAACUGAAAUACCAAUUACGAAAUACAGCAAAGUGUUUUUAAAGGAUAGUAAAUACAACCGAAACAUGUUCAUUCAAGGCGAGGCAGGGUCUGGCAAAUCCACGUUUCUCGCCAAAUUAGUUAGAGACUGGUGUAGUAAAAAUAUUAAAACAUCAGGUAAACAGAUCCAGACGGGCGAACAUAACAUUGCCGAUGCUAAUGCUCGAUUGAGACCCUCUGAUUUCUUUGAAGAUGUAAAGACCCUGAAAGAGUACAAGUUCGUCUUCUAUGUCACUUUAAGGGAUUCAGUUAAUGAGAUAUACGUUUUAGAGAUUCUUAAAAAACAAAUAAUUGACGAAGUUUACGGCGAUAAGGAUGAACGCGAAAAUGCAUACCGACUACUGAAUGAUAUAAUGAAAAAUGAACGCUGCUUGAUAUUACUGGAUGGUCUAGAUGAGUGGACCUGCAACGAAGAACGCAGUCUACCGGUAUUGGCUGAUACUUACAGUCAGUGUAAUCUGUUGAUUACAUCUCGACCUUGGAAAAUGACAGAAGCGAUGAUACCUGAUGCGAAGAUUGACACGAUGCUUCAACUGGAAGGAGUUAACGAUCCUUUUGAGUGGUGCAGAAGACUGCUGGACCGUAGUGAUUAUUGUAAAGAUAGCAAUGAUUUGGACACAAAACAAUCUAAAUUUAAAGCGUACAUAUUGAAGAAUGACUUGAUGAAGUUUUUGAUUUCACCAAUGCUGUUGCAGUUGAUUGUGUAUUCAUGGGUUGAAGGGACUGAAAUGAACGGCUCCAUGUGUGAAAUAUACAGCCUCUUUCUGGAUAGUCUUCUUAAGAAGGCAAACAAGAAGAAAAGAAAAUUUCCAUCAUCAUCCUUCCAGUGCUUCAAAGACACUGAACACAUAAGGCCCAAUAUUGAAAACGUGAAUCGUCUUGCUGAAGCGGCAUUCCAUUUGUUGUUUUCAAAUACCAGAGACAGUUCACUAGUGUUUAGCGAUACAGAUUUGGAGCGAUUUGGGUUAGAUGAAGGAGAACAAAAGGAGUUCGCAUUAAAAUCCGGUAUUUUAACGGCAACACAAAAUCCGUCUAUAAAGCGAUCAUCUUCUUCAUUUUCCUUCUUCCACAAGAGCAUACAGGAAUUCCUCGCUGCUUAUUAUAUCGCCUACAAUACCCAUCCUUUUGAUGAAAUCAUUUCCGGAUAUCUCAACCGUUACAAGGAUGCAUAUAUGGACAUUUCACAGGUGUUUAUAUUCCUUUGUGGACUGGAAAUAUCGGCUGCGGAUAAGCUUUCUAGCAUGAUGAAUGAACGCGAUGUUGAUUCGUGUAAUUAUACGUUUCCAAACAUCAUGCUGUCAGGAUACAGAGAAGCUGUAGCGAAUAAACAUGAUGCCAGUAACCUCAAACUCAGUAACUUUAAUUUAAUGAAACCUGUCACCGAAAUAGGGGACCUCCACAACAUGUGGAUAAACAACACAGCUCAUGUUCUGUCCUUUAGUCUAUUCAUCGAGGGAGGAAGUCAGAGUUCCCCUGAAAAAGGCGAUUCGGCAACUCAUGAGUUUGAUCUGUCAUCGUGUAGCAAGCUGAAAAGUUUAUGCUUAAUCGGGCAAGAAAUAUGGCUAAAAGAUUUUGCAUGUUCAACCAUAUCGAAACAUCCGGUCUGGAUUGUUCUAAACAGUGCAGACCCUCUACCAGUACUACCAUGCAUAGACUGGAUUGCCUUGAUGAACGUUACAAUUUCCUCUCGAUGUCUACGCAGUCUGCUCAGCUCUCUGCUGACACUCGAUCAUAAGGUUAAUUGUACGCUGGAGGAUUGUAGCAUAACAUCGAGUGUACAGGAAUCAGAUUCAAAUGCAUACGUUAAAUUGGAGUUUUUAAACAAUACAUUAGUUAUGAGAAUUUUGAAUGACAGUCCCCUUCUGUGGGAUUCGCUUCAUAGUCUAAAUAUCAAGAGUCUCAGUCUUAGUGGCUUGGAGAAAUAUGUGCUGGUAAAAGAUGGGGAGCUGUUGUCGCAGUCACUAUCAUCGCUCACACAUCUGGAAACGCUUACAAUUCAAUUGCGUAAAUAUAUCUUCAUACAGCCACCUCAAUCAUUGAAGAAUUUAAGUAUGUACUUUAGAACAUUGCUUCCAUCUCAAUUACGUGAACUUAUGGACACACUGCGCGCAUGUACUCAGACAAUUGAGUGUAAGCUUGAAUUCGGCUGUGCGAUGUUAACUUAUGCCGAUAAUAAUGAUGAUGAUGAUCAUCAUCAUGAUGAUGAUCAUGAAGAAGAAGAGGAAAAAGAAGAAGAGGUUGAAGAAGAGGUUGAAGGAGAAGAAGAAGAAAAAGAAGAAGAAGAUGAUGACGAUGAUGACGAUGAUCAUGAACGCAUAAAACAAAUCGCACUGGAGGAGUAUAUUCCCGUGGUACAGGAAGUGGAGACGCUGACGAAUGUUGCAGUGAAACGUUUCCGAAUAUUAGACCGGACAGGUCCAACCAAUUGGCCUUUUGGUAAUGAUUCUUGCUGGUCUGUUCGUAGCAAUGGUGAUGUCUAUGACGAUAAUCAAGAUGGGGAUAUCGUCAAAGAUAAGCUAUAUAGAAAGUUCCUUAUACGUCUGAAUAAUGAAAUCAUUCAUCGAAUAUCAAUGCGACUUCUUAUUACCCCAGCCUCGGCAUCAACAGUAAGCAAUCAAUACGGCUGCAACACAUGAUUAUACUAUGAACAGUUGUAUUUUUAAUGUCUGGAAACGUUUGUGCAAAUAAUAAUAUAUCUCACUUGGAUAGCAAAUAUUGAUCGUUAUAUUUCUAUAUAAUUUUCUUUUCUUGUAAAUGUUAUUGUAAACAGAUUGUUUUGAAUACGUGUCGUUUUACAAUGUUUAACAUCUAUGCAAGAACCAUUCAGUGGAUGCAUUGUUUUUAGUUGGCGUUUAACCCAUUUAUGCCUUGCGUCUAGAAAAAAGUCCCUGCCGAACAGCGCAGACCCAGAUCAGACGCCGCAUGAUGCGGCGUCUCAUCAGGGUCUGCGCUAUUUGCUUAAAGGAAUUUCUGUCAGAAAUAUUCUAAAUAUUGAAAAAAAAUAUACUAGACAUCCCUAAUUUUGGAAAUAAAUUGAUUACAUUUCGAAGGAUGGGAGAGUCCACUAGGCUUAAAUGGGUUAAAAGCGAGAAAUGUAUGUACACGUUUCGGACAUUCUCAUGAUCUACUUUUAAAACAAUAGGCUCAAUCCAUACGUAUUGCAAAAUAACAAACAACAAGGAUUCGUGUUUGGUUAUAGAAAACACACCGUGUUUCGUGUAAAAAGUCAGCAUGUUAUACCAAUGACCAUCUGUUUAUUUGAACCGAGUUCACAGUGCUUGUGAUUUGUAUAUUUUAUCAGUGCCAAGAUACAUUAUUAAUAUAAUGUAUCUUGGUUAAAUUUAACAAGAAACAGAAGAUACAUACUUUUAUUUCUCAUACAGCUUUACUUUAUUUUAAACCACUACAAUGAUUCUAAACUAUUUAAUUGUUUUAUGUCGCCUCAAAUUCACAUUUUUAUUAUGAAUUUCAUUGUAUAGGCCUACAUAUAUGCAAAAUUGGGAGUCAACUGUGCAGUCCGCACAGGCUAAUCAGGGACGACACUUUCCGCCUAAACUUGAUUUUUGGUAAGGAGGGACUUGUUUGAAACUAAAAAUACCAUAAAAGCGGAAAGUGACGUCCCUGAUUAGCCUGUGCGGACUGUACAGGCUAAUCCAUAGGCGCUCGAUGUCAAUGACAAUGUUUUUUUUUAAGUUUAUUUAUUUAUUUUUUAGUUACCCGUUGUUUAUUAUAAUGCAUACACAUACUAAAUUAAUAAAAAUCUUCCGACAAAACGUCUUCUUAAAAAAA